AUGAAACUAAUAUGUCGUUUUAAGGUGUAUACAAACAUCUGCAGAGCAAUUGAGUUGCUGGAAAAAUUACAGAGAAGUGGAGAAGUGCCACCACAAAAGCUACAGGCUUUGCAAAGGGUCCUUCAAAGUGAAUUCUGUAAUGCUGUGAGGGAGGUGUAUGAACAUGUAUACGAAACUGUGGAUAUCAGCAGUAGCCCAGAAGUUAGAGCUAAUGCAACAGCAAAGGCCACUGUAGCUGCAUUUGCUGCUAGUGAAGGUCAUUCCCAUCCCAGAGUGGUUGAACUACCCAAAACCGAAGAAGGUCUUGGAUUCAACAUUAUGGGAGGCAAAGAACAAAAUUCUCCAAUCUAUAUCUCUCGAAUUAUCCCUGGUGGUAUAGCUGAUAGACAUGGAGGCCUGAAACGUGGAGACCAGCUGCUUUCUGUAAACGGAGUGAGUGUCGAAGGUGAACACCAUGAAAAAGCAGUAGAACUGCUGAAGGCGGCUCAAGGAAAGGUUAAAUUAGUUGUGCGAUACACGCCAAAGGUCCUGGAAGAAAUGGAGUCGAGAUUUGAAAAAAUGAGAUCGGCAAAACGCAGGCAGCAAAAUUAACAUUGUAUGCAAUAACUUAAAGAGAAAAUAUAUUCCAUUUACAUUUUAUA